GCAGAUGCGCUACAGCUACACCAGCAUCCAGCAGCAGCAGCUCGAUAAAGAGCGUCACGGUCCGAGCUUACAGAGACAAAUCCAGUUCACACCCGAGAGGAAACCAGCGCUUCAUUCAUCAGUGAUUGUGCUCUUGAACAUUUAGAGCUGUGAGCAUCCCUGAUCAGUGUGUGUGUGUGUGUGUGAGAGAGAGAGAGAGCAUCAUCACCAUCAUCAUCCAGCGGAGGACAAAGGCACAGAAAUGGGUCACAGCAGCGGCUGAUCUCAGGGUCUCUCUUCUGCUCUGUGCUCCUCAAACAUCACGUCAUGUUCCUCAGCUGUGUUCUUCUGCUGUGUCUCCUGCUGCAUGUCUGCGGCGGGGCGCUGGACCCCGACAAAGAGAUGUGUUACUCUCGACAGCAUCGGGACGCUGCUGUAAACACACAUGUGUCUCUGGAUCAGAGGGGAACCGUCAUGGAGGCCCGAGCCAUGCCUUCAGAGAAAGACUGCAUCCUCACCUGCUGCUCGGAGGACGUGGCUCCAGGGCUGAAGUGUAAUCUGGUGGUGUAUGAGCCGGCGGAGCGGCCCGGAGAUCUGAACUGUCAUCUCUUCUACUGUCCGAGCGAGAGAGAGUGUCCUCUGAUGACCGCUCGCCCCGGAGUCAACACCUACAACAUCUUCAAGGGUCUAACUCAUCCAACAACUAAAGGAAGUGGAAGAAUAACAGCCAAACCCACAGCACCACAGCUGACCACCACUACACCCACAACUACACCCAAAACUACACCCACGACACCCAGGACUACACCCAGAACUACACCCACGACACCCAGGACUACACCCAAAACUACACCCAGGACUACACCCACAACUACACCCAGAACUACACCCACGACACCCAGGACCACACCAAUGACUACACCCACAACUACACCAAAAACUACACCCACGACACCCAGGACUACACCCACAACUACACCCAGGAAUACACCAAUGACUACACCCAAAACUACACCCACAACUACACCAAGGACUACACCCAGGACUACACCCAAAACUACACCCACAACUACACCAAGGACUACAACUACAACUACACCCAGGACUACACCCAGGCUUACACCCACAACUACCCCCACAACACCCAGGACUACACCCAGGACUACAGCACCAGCCACAUCCUCCUCCAUCAGCAGAACUAAAGAAGCUCCGACUGAGUCAGAAUCACCAGUGAUGCUCAAAACCGUCGCUAUGACAACCGCACCCGCUACCACGGCAACCAGCACCACACAGUCCACCAGCACGACUAAAAGCACCAGCACUAAAGCGCCUCGUCCUCCUCCACGGACGCCCCUCAAACCCAUCCAACCCAAAAAACCCAGCAAACCCUCGAGACCAGAGACGCAUUCAGUGAGUCCCGUCAGAGCCACGCCGAAACCUACAGCCCCCCCGACCACCAGCACCUCCAUCACCCCCACUGCUCCACCCUCGACCCCUGAGCCAGCCCCUGCAGACGUGAUCGAGCCGGAGAGCAACUCGAAGCGCCCAGGUCGUGGUCAUCCCGUUCUGUCUCUUCCAGGGAAGCCCAAGGUGUCUCGAGUGAUGUGGAAGAACAGCCUGGUGGCCAUCGUGGUGAUCACACUCAUCUUCCUCACACUCAUCCUCUCUCUGGCGGCCCGUAAAGCCAUGGAGUCCUUCGACAGACGCCACUACACCCGACUGGAGCUCAACGACCUGCACUACGAGGUGUAAACCAUCCACUGGAGAAAGCUUUGUGUUGUAAUAUUUAGGCUGUUUGGUUCAGAAACACAGAGCACUGUCGACGCUUCAUCUGUGAAUAGAGAGAAAUCAAAAGCAAUACACUGAACUCAGGUGGCCUCGGACGAUGAACAGCAUCAGUCCUGUCUGACGUUUCUUCGGUUUUCUUCUGCUCUGAUCCUGAAUCAUGUGUUUAGCUCAUCACUCUCACAACAGAUCCUCACGCGUGUCCCGUGUUUCAGUCUGGAUCUGGCUGUUUUGUAAUUCACUGCGUUUUUUGGAUGAUUGUCUGCUUUAACGAUCACUGAACAACAGCAUGAGAUUCAGAAAUCUGUCUGUUUUGAUCUUCAGUAUUUUCUAAUCUGUUAUUAUGUGUUUGUUGUUGGUACAUUUUUAGUGAGCCUUGGCUUCACGGACACCUGUGAUUAUUUCUCUCGCAAGAA